AUGCCCAAAGCACUUCGAUUCAAAGGCGACAAGAAGCCCAAAAGGCGGAAGCGCGUCGCCGCAGAAGGCGCCGACUCGGGCGACGACACAGGCAUGAACAAGCCCUCGACCGCGCUGAGCAAGAAAGCGUACGACUCCGACGACGAGGGCUGGAUCGAUUCGGAAGCAUUAGAGGACUUCACGGGCCCCCUCCUCUUCUGCAUCGCGACGACACCACCCAGCGCGCUCUCCUCAGACGCGACGGGUGCGGUCUUCGGCUCCGCGCUAUCCGAGAUCGAAGGCGAGAACCUGUCGACCGCCGAACCCGCGCAAGUACAGCAGGUGUGGGUGUGCGCCAAGAUCUACGGCAGCACAACGCCCAAGUACUCGUUACGCGCGCACACGGGGAAAUACCUUGGCUGCGACGCGCAUGGCGUUCUGUCGGCUACCAGGGAAGCUAUCUCGGCGGAGGAGGAGUGGGUUCCUAUCCCGCAGCCCGGGAGUGGGCGCUGGGCGUGGCAGACUGUUAGGGGCGGCUUCAUAGGCGUCGAGGAGAAGGAGGGGAAGGGGACUGUUGUUAGGGGGGAUCGGGAGGAUGUGGGGUUUAGGGAGACGUGGACGGUGAGACUGCAGAAGAGGAAUAAGGUGAAGGUGAAGGCUGGCGGAGGGGAUGCGGGGAAGAUUAAAGACCGCGUGACUAAGAAGGAGCUGGAGGAGCUGGUGGGGGUGAGUUUGGAUGAUGAGCAGGUCAAGAAGCUGAGAAAGGCGAGGAAGGAGGGCGGGUUCCAUGAGGCACUGCUAGAUAUCAGGGUCAAGCAUGGCAAGCAUGAUAAAUUUGCGUAUUAG